AUGCCGGACCUACCGGCUCAGCUCUACUUCGCCUACGGCAGUAACCUUUGGCUGCAGCAAAUGGCCAGCCGCUGCCCCGAAAGCUACUACGUUGGCAGGGCGGUUCUGAUGGAUCACCGAUGGCAGAUCAACAGUCGAGGCUUCGCGAAUGUGAUUCCUUGCAGCGGCUACAACGUGCACGGAUUGGUCUACCAAGUUAGCGUCGACGAUGAAGCUCGACUCGACAGGAACGAAGGCGUUCAUUCCGGCGCUUACACCAAGUCAUAUCAUAGCGUUGUGCUACAUGAAGCGGUUGAAGACCUCCAACUUCCAACGCGAUACCUUGUCCAAGAUGGUGGGCUAGAUAAGGCUGUCAACGCGGUGCGGUCAGGAUCGCGAUCCCAUGAGCCUGAACAACAAGGCAGAAUCAGAAGCAACGUGCUGGUUUAUCUCAGCAGUCGUCACUCUCAGUGGGGUACCGCACGGGAUGAAUACAUCGACCGCAUGAACAGUGGCAUAAGGGAUGCUGUUACUUUGGGUAUCCCCAGUGACUUCUUCGAGAACACGGUUCGGCCGUCCAUUCCACUGAGAGUGGCCAUCACAGAGGCCUUUCAGAUCCCGAAGAGCCUCGUCGAAGAAGGCGACGGAGCUCAUCUCCACAGCACAGAACAUGGGGCAGUGCUUUUCAGCGCCAAGGCUCAACCUUGGGACGAAGUGUAA